AAAUCCGCAUAUAUUAAAAGUCAAAGUAAGUGCAAUAUCAAUUUCUCCUUCAUUCCUCCUCUUCUUAUUCUUCUCUUCCUAACAGAGAUCACAAACUAGAGAGAGAGGAGAGAGAAAGCGCAUUGAAAGACCAAUUUGCCCUUCGAUCUUCUUCGCCUUUCUCUCUCGCCGACGCCCAACCUUUUCAUUCGAAUCAUGAACGAGAAGGCCAACGUUUCCAAAGAGCUCAACGCCAAACACAAGAAGAUAUUAGAAGGACUUCUUAAACUACCAGAGAAUAAGGAAUGUGCUGACUGCAAAGCUAAGGGCCCAAGAUGGGCUAGUGUCAAUCUUGGCAUUUUUAUAUGCAUGCAGUGUUCUGGAAUACACAGAAGUCUUGGGGUACACAUAUCAAAGGUUCGCUCAGCAACUUUGGACACUUGGCUUCCAGAGCAGGUUGCAUUCAUUCAACAUAUGGGAAAUGAGAAGGCAAACAGUUACUGGGAAGCAGAAUUACCCCCAAAUUAUGAUAGAGUUGGAAUUGAAAAUUUCAUUCGUGCAAAGUAUGAAGAGAAGAGAUGGGUUGCAAGGAAUGAGAAACCAAAAUCACCUUCUAGUUUUCGAGAAGAGAAAAGGCCCGUGGAAAGGGUUGGCCAUAGUUAUGCAGCUGUGUCUGAGAAUACUUUUGAGGAUAGGAAGAAAAUCAAACCUUCAAAUGCUAUUCCUGGUACAAGAAUUUGUGUUCCUGCUCCUCCCAAAGGGCCUGAACUGGUAACUCCCGUGGGAAAACCUCAACAUGUUGAUAAAGCAGAACCUGUUGCGCUACCACCACCACAAAUUGAAACUUCAAAACAGACUACUGACACAACACAAAACUCCCCUCCAAAAGUUGACUUUUCUACGGAUCUUUUUGACAUGUUAUCUAUGGAUGGUCCAAGUGAGAAGGGCUCAGGUGCAGCUGAAGCUAUUGCUGAUGAUAAUAACUGGGCAGGUUUUCAGUCUGCUACAGAGGCAUUGCCAGCUCCGAAGAAUGAUACCACAAAAUCAGUUGACAGUAGACCUCAGUCCACUUCUGGAAUUGAGGAUUUAUUUAAAGACACACCUUCAGUUACAACAAGUUCAACUCCAGAAAACCCACAAAAAGAUGUAAAAAAUGAUAUCAUGAGCCUCUUUGAGAAGGGCAAUGUUGUGUCUCCAUUUGCAAUGCAUCAACAGCAGCUAGCCAUGCUGGCACAGCAACAGACUCUUCUAAUGGCCGCUGCUGCUAAAUCUGGUGGUGUGGAUCCCAAGUACUUGGCCAGCUUACAACAACAACAGUCUCUUCUAAUGGCUGCUGCUGCUGCUAAAUCUGCCGGUGGGGAUUCCAAAUACCCAGCUGGCAUACAACAACCUGGAUCCAAUAUUCCUGUCCAAAGUUGGCCAACUGCUGGCUACCCAAUCCCGGGUAUAAUGCCCAUGGGAAGUCAGGAAGACUUGCAAAAACUAAUGCAAACAAUGAACUUGACUGCAGCGCAUUCAGCAGGGAGUUCAGUUCAGUAUCCGCAAUCUAGUUACUAUGCUAUGGGGCAAGUUGCUCCAGUUAAUGGUUUGUCUACAACGUCUGGAGCAAGUAAACCUCAGGCAGUAUCUCCGGUAUCAUCAGCAUAUCCAACAUCAGCGCCCACUUCAAAGACAGGGAGCGAUUAUGAUUUCUCCUCUUUAACACAAGGAAUGUUUGCAAAGCACUGAUUUACCAGUGCUUGCCCAUAGAAGAUUAGAUAAAAUUACAGAAAAAGUGCACUUUCUUUUUCUCUCCCCCUUGCCCCGGGUCGUUGGGUUGUAAACCAUUUCUACACCUGCUGAGCUAGUUCAGUUUUCUUCUUGUAUCGGGUGAUUGCUUCAUUUGUGUCCAUAGUUGUAUUCACAAUAAAACUUUAGUGAUAUUAAUUAUUUUAUUCUGUUUCUCUUUUAUAUCUUGUGUAUAAGAAUCCAUCUUUCAUGUGAACUAUGUCCAAAACAUAGUCAUAGUUACUUGGGCGAAUAUUUUGUUUCAUUU